GGGGGGACGAACGUCCAGGAAACAUGAGAAAAUGGGGAGGGCUCUGGGCUCUGUGUACAUGUACGUGCGAGUAAGCCUCGGAUCCCUGGCAUGCGGCCGCGGCCGCGAGGGCCAUGGAGCUGCGGGUCUCGGACGUCCGAGGCCUCCACCCCGCCUGCAUCCUCUCCGUCCGCGCGGGGCAGGCCCGCCGACAGGCCCCGCUGGGACAGCUGGCCACGCACCCCCUGCGGUUCCCGGAGCAAACGGGCGCAGGUGCGAGCGGCCACCUGAAGAUAGACCUGCUGCAGCCGCUGGCCAGCGAGUGCCUGGUGCUGCACCCGGCAGAGCUCCGAGGCUACACGGUCGGCGUGGACAGAGACGGGGGGGCGCCCGGCAGCUUCCGGCUGCUGCUGAGCCAGCUCGGGCCCACAGCGGCGGAGCCCCCAGCCGCCGAUCAGAGCGCCGCGGAGGCGGAGGCUGUGGCCUCCACGCAGCAGUACCUCGAGAAGUUCCUGGUCCUCGAGUACAUGCAGCGCCUGCUGCAGGCUCUGGUGGAGGCGAGGCCGGAGGACCCCUUCGAGUUCCUGUGGAGGCAGCUCGGGGCGCUGCUGGGCGGGGAGCCGCGCGCGGAGCCGGGGCCGAAGAAGCCUGGUGGCGAAGGAACAUCACACACUCACACUCAUACGUAG